GCGGCACCAUGUGGCAGCCGGCCACGGAGCGGCUGCAGCACUUUCAGACCAUGUUAAAGACUAAGUUGAAUGUCCUAACUCUUCGUAAAGAGCCGCUCCCAACAGUGAUCUUCCAUGAACCAGAGGCCAUUGAGCUGUGCACCACAACUCCCCUCAUGAAGACCCGGACUCACACUGGAUGCAAGGUUACAUAUUUGGGUAAGGUUUCCACAACAGGGAUGCAAUUUUUGUCAGGCUGCACAGAAAAACCAGUCAUUGAAUUGUGGAAGAAGCACACGCUCACCAGGGAGGAUGUUUACCCAGCUAAUGCCCUUCUGGAAAUUCGCCCUUUCCAAGUCUGGCUGCAUCAUCUGGACCUCAAAGGCGAGGCGACAGUGCACAUGGAUACCUUUCAGGUAGCACGUAUAGCCUACUGCACUGCUGACCACAACAUCAGCCCAAACAUCUUCGCCUGGGUCUAUCGGGAGAUCAACGAUGACCUGUCCUACCAGAUGGACUGCCACGCUGUGGAGUGUGAGAGCAAGCUGGAGGCCAAGAAGCUGGCCCACGCCAUGAUGGAGGCCUUUAAGAAGACUUUUCACAGCAUGAAAAGCGAUGGCCGGAUCCACAGGAACAGCUCAUCGGAGGAAGUGUCUCAUGAAUUUGAAUCUGAUGAUGGCUGACUGAAGUCAUUCACAGUUCAGCAAAGGCAGAAAUGGCUUAGGGAAUGAGAGCUGAUAGAUGAAUAAGCAACAAUUGAAACUGGGUAAUGAAAGGACUGCCAAACACUUGUCUGACCACCUUUUUAAAUCAGAAGAGCAAUUUGGUACCUACAGAUAUGCAUUAUUAAAGUAAUUACAUUGCAUUGAAAUCUGCUGCUGUCGUAAAAGUGAGAAGAAGAUCUCCCUCCCCCACCUCUGUCACCCUCCCAUCACUGUCCCUUUCUUGUCUCUGUAGUUCAGGUACAUACCAUGAAGUGCAGUCAUUCCUGUUUGUCUUAUGAGACUGGUCAGGCAAUUUUAUUAGUUGCUUCUCUGGCAUUCCUAGCUGCAGGCUGAUGCUGAUGCACAAGAGCAAGUAGGCCUGGAAAGCCCUAAUGGUUCCUGAAGAAUCUUUCCCCAUGAUGCAUCACACAGAUCCUUUGACCAUACGUAGGCUAAGACAGCCAUACACAGCCUUUUAGACUAAUGGCCUGGCAUUCUGCAGUUAAUUCACAUUUCACAGAUAAAAAGUGAAAGAUGCUUGUAUGUACACAUUAUAUCAUAUGCUAUCCUUUAUUUUAUUCAUUGUACCUAUUUUCUUAAUGUACUGGCUGCCAUGUCUUUCACCCAACACCAGUAGUUGCAGUUUCAGACUAUGUACUGCAGGAUACCAAAAAGGGGUGGGCAGAAAUACUCCCUGGUGGCUGGGGGUUCAGCAAGUCAGCCCUGCAGUCUGUGCAUUAUCCUACCCUGAUGUGCUCCACAGGAGGGGGCCCGCUGGGAAGAGCUGAGGGACGCUUGGGUGUGUCAGUGUUAGAACUGUGACUUCUCAUCAGUCUCAGGUGUGACGAGAUCCGAGCACAGUGGGCACCGCUCUGUGUCCCCCUUUCCGCAUUGCUGGGCGAGCGGCCCUGGUGGGAUGGAGCUGGCAGUGUCUCACCACACAGGGCUGCCUCACUGGAAAGAUCUAAGGAAAUGGUCCCUUACGAGUCAGGUUUGAACAGCUGUUCUGGUUGAGAACCUCAUGUUAAGAUUCCCAUAUCUUUCCUUGUUCACAGAUACACAGUCAUGCCUUUCUUAAAUGCAGAUGUUUAAUAAAACUCAAAUAAAGGAAAAACUUGUUUCACUUGAUAUUUUUUAAGGCUGAGAGCAGAUCAAUAGUUUGCAAGUAAUGCUGCUCCUUUGUACAAUUUUGUUUGUAAUUAUGGUAAUGUUAGGGGCACUAGGGCACCUUACAGAAGCCUUAAAAGAAAGCUAAUCCAAGCAGAUAGCUCUGUGUCUGUGUUUUGUGUCUCUGUGUUUGUAUGUGAGAGUGUAUGUGUGAGUGCCGUGGUAAAGCAUGUAGAUUGAGCAUGGAGAUGUAUUGAGGAGGGCCCACACCUCUUGAAAAUAUGCUUGUUGCUUUACAAUGUAUGUAAACUGUUCUCCAGCAUAAAUGCAUUCAUACUUUAAUAAAAAAAAGUUUGAG